CCAUGGCUGUGCAAUCUGUUUGCUUCAAUCCAGUCUUUGCAUCACUUUGUCCAUGAUUGCAUCUCUCAGAUAGUGUCAGUGAGGAAGAUGCAGAGAGGGGAUGAGGGUCAGCUCUGAUGGACAACACUCCUCAUCUUCACAAGUCUGAGACCCCUGCCUCUUGCAAUUAUUCAUGUGAUUCUGUUCUCACUGGCCCCCUCUCCUUCCCUCCGUCAGCAGCUUGCUCUCAGCCCUAGCCUGCCCCCUCCCUCUCUCUCUCUCUAUCUCUCUCUCUGUUGCAUUCCUUGCCAGAAGCUCCAAGCUUCACUCGGAUCUCCUUGCAGGACUGGAGUGUACAGGACUUUGGGAUGCUGUUGGUUCUCCAUGUGACUGGGACCUUAUUAUUUCUCUCUAGUGCCAUCUGAAGAAGCCACCAAGGAUCAACAAAGGAUAAUCGGAAAGAAAGGAGAAGUGCGUAAUGGGUAUAAUCUAUGGGACGACAUUUACAUAUUGGAAUUCCUACUAGACUGGGGUUUCACACUCUCUUGAAUUGGCUUGGAAUAGGGAUCAAGGACUGUUGAAUUAACAUUACCAAAAAUGAAGAAGGACUUCUGUUUACAUGGUAUUCUUCUCUGCCUGGGCAUCGCAUACUGUAGUCACAUCACAACAACAAGGAGAGGCAAAUCAUUUCAUGGACACCACGAAAAGGGCAAAGAAGGACAAGUCUUACAUAGGUCCAAGAGGGGAUGGGUAUGGAAUCAAUUUUUUGUAAUAGAGGAAUAUACUGGACCGGAUCCUGUGCUUGUUGGACGGCUUCACUCAGAUGUCGAUUCCGGUGAUGGGAAAAUUAAGUACAUACUCUCAGGGGAAGGUGCUGGAACCAUUUUUGUAAUCGAUGACAAAUCAGGAAACAUUCAUGCAACAAAGACUUUGGACCGAGAAGAAAGAGCCCAGUACACAUUAAUGGCACAGGCAGUUGAACGGGAAACAAAUAAACCCCUAGAGCCACCAUCAGAAUUUAUUGUCAAAGUCCAGGAUAUAAAUGAUAAUCCACCUGAAUUCUUGGAUGAAAAAUAUCACGCAACAGUUCCAGAGAUGUCCAGUGUGGGUACAUCAGUAAUCCAGGUAACAGCGUCAGAUGCAGAUGACCCCACAUAUGGUAACAGUGCUAAGCUUGUGUACAGUAUUCUCGAAGGGCAACCAUACUUUUCGGUGGAAGCUCAAACAGGAAUCAUUAGAACGGCUCUACCAAACAUGGACAGAGAAGCCAAGGAGCAAUACCACGUUGUGAUUCAAGCAAAAGACAUGGGGGGACAUAUGGGAGGACUCUCAGGGACAACCAAAGUGACAAUAACUCUGACAGACGUCAAUGACAACCCACCAAAGUUUCCUCAAAGUACGUACCCCAUGUCAGUGUCAGAAGCAGCAGUUCCAGGUGAUGAGGUUGGACGACUAAAAGCCAAAGAUCCUGAUUUGGAAGAAAAUGCCGCCAUAAAGUACAAUAUUCUUGAUGGCGAUGGGGCAGAAAUAUUUGAAAUCACAACAGAUUAUCAAACUCAGGAGGGGGUUGUGAAGCUGAAAAAGACUGUGGAUUAUGAAUCUAAGAAGUUCUACAGUAUGAAGGUCGAGGCUGCUAAUGUCUACCCAGAUCCUCGAUACUUCAGUAGAGGGCCUUUUAAGGAUACUGCUACUGUGAAGAUCUCAAUUGAAGAUGCAGAUGAACCACCAAUAUUUUUGGAACCAAGUUAUACUUUAGAAGUGGAUGAGAAUGCGCCGCCAGACACAAGAGUUGGCAGAGUUCACGCAAGAGACCCUGAUGCAGCCGGCACCGCUAUAAGGUAUUCAAUCGAUCGGAACACUAACCUUGACAGAUAUUUCAACAUCCAAGAUGAUGGUGUCAUCAAAACCACAAAGGCUUUGGAUAGAGAGGAAAUCGCUUGGCACAACAUCUCUGUGAUAGCAACUGAAGCCUCUCAUAAUAGUUACGCGAAUGCAGUCCCUGUGACGAUUAAAGUUUUGGACAAGAAUGACAAUGCUCCAGAAUUUCCAAAACCCUAUGAGGCAUUUGUAUGUGAAAAUGUGCAACCACACAAGAAAUUUUUCUCAAUAACUGCUGUAGAUAAAGAUGACACUGCAAAUGGAGCUCGAUUUGACUUCAGUUUACUACCAGAAAUGUCAAAUUUUACCAUAAGAGAUCAGAGAGAUAACACAGCAAACCUUUACGUUGGGCGAGUAUCUUUCAGCCGUCAGAAACAGAAGAUGCACUUGCUUCCCAUUGUAAUAAGUGAUGGCGGGUCCCCACCAAUGAGCAGCACCAACACUCUCACCAUCCGCAUCUGCAGUUGUAGCACUGAUGAAAAUAUCAUCUCUUGCAAUGACGAACCACUGUCACUUAAUGCAGGGCUCAGCACAGGCGCGUUGAUCGCUAUUCUUGCGUGCAUUGUCAUUUUGUUAGUGAUUGUGGUAUUAUUUGUUGCACUGCGUCGAGAAAAGAAGGAACCCUUGAUUGUCUUUGAAGAAGAGGAUAUCCGUGAGAAUAUAAUAACUUAUGAUGAUGAAGGUGGAGGGGAGGAAGACACUGAAGCCUUUGACAUUGCCACUUUACAAAAUCCUGAUGGGAUUAAUGGGUUUAUUCCACGUAAAGAUAUUAAACCUGAAUACCAAUACUCUCCACGGGAUCUUGGAAUAAGACCGGCUCCGAACAGUGUAGAUGUUGACGAUUUCAUUAACACAAGGAUACAUGAAGCCGAUAAUGACCCUACUGCACCUCCCUAUGAUUCCAUUCAAAUUUACGGAUAUGAAGGACGAGGUUCCGUGGCUGGGUCUCUAAGCUCUUUAGAGUCAGCCUCUACAGAUUCAGAUCUGGACUACGAUUAUCUACAAAACUGGGGACCUCGAUUUAAGAAACUAGCAGACUUAUAUGGCUCCAAAGACACUUACGAAGAUGAUUCUUAACGAUAAAAAACUAAACUUGGCCUUAAGAACUAUAUAAUGUUCUCAAAAACCCAGAGAAAACAUUAACAGGUAUUUUUUUUAAAGGAAAGAAAUAUAAACGGCUUCUCUGACUUAUAUGGGUUUACAGAUAGAAUUCCUUCCAAAACAAAAACUUUUGCAGUGGUGAUGGAUACUGUGAAAACCAUACAACCUGUGUUAAAGUAUUCAGUGAUCUGGGACAAAACCACUUGUAACUGCAGCCGAUAUCGAAGAAGAAUAAAACAGGAAACACUUGAUGAUGAUAAGGGGAUAUUUUACAAUAUGUACUAUAACCAUCCAGCCCUAUGUCAAACAAAGCUUCCACAGAUUAGAAAGGAUAACAGUUUUGAGCUGUAUUGUCGCCUUAAACUAUGGACACUUUAUAUGUAGUGCAUUUUUAAACUUGAAAAUAAAAAAUAAAAAAUAAAUAAAAAAAUCCCAAUAUAAUAUUCAGCCAGCUUCAACUCAUAUAAUGUAUGUACAGUAAAAUGUACAAUUAUAAUGUCUAUUGAGCAUCAGACUUGUUACUGCUGAUUCUUGUAAAUCUUUUUUGCUUAUAAUCCCGUCUUAAACUAAUAUGUGCCAGAAUCGCACCCUAUUUCUAUGUCAUUUUUAAUGUAUCUAUUUGUACAAUUUUAAGAAUUCUUAUUUUAGUAUACAUACAAAAUAUCAAUAUUCUGACAUGUUACGGCAUCACACUUAUAUUUUAUGAACAUCGUACUGUUGCUUUAAUAUGUGCUUCAAUAUAAGAAGCAAACUUUGAAAUAAAAUUGACUUUUUUUUA